CUCCACCGCACUCCACCCAGCGGCUGUGCCCGCGGGCGCCCGGCGGCUAUUCGAGCUACGCAGGACAGCACCGCACGCAACGGCCCGGCACCCCCGCCCUGCCCCGCUCCGCCCGCCUUCCCCCGCGGCAGUACCGCUCCCUGCUCCCCAUCCGCUCCGGCUGCCGCGCUUGCGCCGCCGCUACACGGGGCUCGGCUCGCCAUGUCGGCUUCCUCCUGCUCCUCCACGGCCGCGCUGCGGCCGGUAACUCACCUCAUCUUUGACAUGGACGGCCUGCUGCUGGGUGGCAGUUUACUGGGGAAUAUUCCUACAAAAGAAUACUGAUGCAGUUCAACUGUAGUUGAAUAGCAGGUCUUCAUUUCCUACAUGCAGGAGAAGUUCCUCUUGUAAUGCAAGAUACUGAACGUCUCUAUACAUUGGUAUUUGAAGAGAUAUGUGGGCGUUUUGGAAAGACCUAUACUUGGGAUAUAAAAUCAUUAGUCAUGGGUAAAAAAGCACUAGAAGGGGCACAGAUUAUUCGAGAUGUUCUAGAUCUUCCAAUAACCAAAGAGGAGUUACUACAUGAAAGUAAAAUGAAGCAGGAGAAGAUAUUCCAUACAGCUGAAUUGAUGCCAGGGGUCAAUAAACUGAUCCAGCAUUUACACAAACACAACAUACCCAUAGCUGUUGCCACUAGCUCAGCUGAAGUGACAUUUCAGAUGAAAACAUCCAGACACAAAGACUUCUUCAAUCUUUUUCAUCAUAUUGUGCUGGGAGAUGACCCUGAGGUGAAGGGUGGCAAGCCACAGCCUGAUGCAUUUCUAGUUUGUGCAAAGAGAUUUCACCCUCCUGCACCUCCAGAGAAGUGUCUUGUGUUUGAAGAUUCACCGCUUGGAGUCAAAGGAGCACUGGCAGCAGGAAUGCAAGUGGUUAUGAUUCCAGAUGAAAAUUUAAGUCCUGAUCUUAAAAAGGAGGCAACUCUGCUGCUCAAUUCCAUGGAGGACUUUAAACCAGAGCUUUUUGGUUUACCAGCAUAUGAUUAAUGCCUAAUGUCUCUGUUCAUAAGCUUGACUGGAGUUCAGGAAACCAGAAUGAAAUCUUGUUAAGAUUUUGUAAUUGCUUUGUUUUGUCUCUCUUUCUUAAAUCUGGAGCAAAUAAAUUCUGUUAAAACUGUGUCUUCCACAUUGUUCUAACCUUUGAAAAUUGACUGAAAUAUUACAUAUUUGCACUCAUGAUAUAUGUGAAGUUAAAACAGUGUUUCAUCUUCUAAAGUGAUCCAGCUUUAUUCUCUGUACAUCAUAAUGUUUUCUGGGAAUAUUAUGAAACUAUUUAGACAAUUUAUUGUAAUUACAUUAUAAACUUCUUGUACUGUUCCCAUUUGAAUGGCUUACUGUUUAGCCUUGAACCAGAAAUCUGUUCUGGAUCGGCUUAUAUCACAUUACAUUGGUUUUGAUACAGUUAUCACUAUUAAACGCAUCCAGUUUACCAUUUCCUCAUCCUUUGCUUGCCUGUCUAUUCCCCUUUGUAUCCUCAUAGUUUUAUUUUCUAUUUUUUUGUUACACUUCCUGUGUGGUUUUGUUUUGUUUGUUUGUUUCUUUCUUUCCUUUACUUGGAUUUUUUUUUCUGUUCCUGGAGGGUUUGACUUGCAGAGGUCCCUUACAGCCUUCAUUCUGUCUCUGACCUUUGGGUCUUGCCUGCUAUAGAGCUAUACAAGGUUACAUGAUCCUUCUAUUUAACCAAACCACUUUUCAUCUGCCUCUUUAUAUUCUUCCUGUUUUCCAUGUUGCCAUGUAUCCUUCCCUUCCAUUUGUGUGAGAGGUAUUCAUUCUAUCUUUUUGUUUCAAUUUUGAUAAAAUUAUGGCUUUAGCUCCUACACGUACAAGUAGCUUUCUCUAGGCUAUCUCAACUUUCUUGUUCUUUAUUUUUAUUGGCAAAAAGCCAUGUUUUCUGGAGACAUCUUUAAUAUCUAUUUUUAAAUUGUAGAAAUUGUCAUUUUGUUUGAUUUAAAUAUUAAAAUUUAUUUUUAUGGCAAACGGUUUCCACAAAAUGAUCAUUUUGUCAUCUAUCCUUAUUAAUUCUAUGUGUUUCUGAUAUCUUGGCAGAAUAACAGUAAGGACCGAGUUAGAAAAUGCUGUUCAUACAGACAGGUUUUAAUGGAAUCCAAAGUACAUAUAUAUUGUGGUGGAAGCAAUGCAUUUUCUUUUUCUAAGGAAUUCUACAGUGGGUGGGUUUAUAACAUUUAUAAAUUUAAACAUUUAAAAAGAAAAAAUCUAAUUGAUUUUCCGUAAUAUACUCCAAAAUUACAGAAU